AUGGAAGGGACCCCCGCGGCGGACACGCCAGUCACGCCAGUGAAAUCGGAGGACGAACAGGUCGGGCAUUCUCGAGCGGCUGCAGAUGAGGGACUUGCGCGUUCAAAUCUUGACACCGCGCCAAUUGAUCCAGAAUCGGAUGAGGAUGUACCGAUUGAGCCCGAGGAGCUUCAGGAAGCUCUUUCGCGCACCCCGGCCGUCAAUAGCAGCUAUCUCCCCCUCCCCUGGAAAGGCAGACUGGGGUAUGCCUGCCUGAAUACCUACUUGCGAUACUCGAAUCCUCCCGUUUUCUGCUCCCGAACCUGUCGUAUAGCGUCGAUCCUCGAGAAUCGCCAUCCGCUUACAGACCCCUCGCAACCGAAUCAUCCCACUAAAAACCGGCCGGACCGGUCGCGGCCACCAAGCGUACGACGAGGCCAAGCCUAUGUUGAGGCGAUAGGGCUAGCAAAUGUUCGUGAUCUGCCGAAACUGAUACGAUGGAACGAGCGCUACGGUAUCAAGUUCAUGCGCCUCAGUAGUGAGAUGUUCCCUUUUGCAAGUCAUAAAGAGCAUGGAUACCGGCUGGCUGGCUUUGCCUCACAUGCGCUGGCAGAGGUUGGGCGCCUUGUCGCAGAGUUUGGUCAUCGAGUGAGUGUACACCCAGGCCAAUUCACGCAGCUCGGCUCGCCUCGACCGGAGGUUUUGGAGAACUCGGUCCGGGACCUGGAGUACCAUUCGGAGUUGCUACAGCUGCUGCGAUUGCCUCCCCAGCAAGACCGUGAUGCGGUAAUGAUCCUUCACAUGGGUGGCGUCUUUGGUGACAAGGAGGCAACCUUAGAUCGAUUUCGUCAGAACUACCAAAAUCUCUCGCAGGAUAUUAAAAAUCGCUUGGUUUUGGAGAAUGACGAUGUAAGUUGGUCGGUCCAUGACCUGCUACCGAUAUGUGAGGAACUGAAUAUCCCGCUCGUUCUGGACUACCACCACCACAACAUAAUCUUCGACUCGUCUCACGUCCGUGAAGGCACUCUAGAUAUCAUGGGUCUCUAUGAUAGAAUCAAGGCUACGUGGACAAGAAAAAACAUCACGCAGAAAAUGCACUAUUCUGAGCCUGUAUCUGCUGCCAUCACGAAUCGCCAGCGUCGGAAGCACAGUGACCGCGUUCGCACGCUUCCACCUUGUGAUCCCACUAUGGACUUGAUGAUCGAAGCAAAGGACAAGGAGCAAGCUGUAUUUGAACUAAUGAGAACAUUCAAGCUUCCUGGACAUGAGCUUGUUAAUGAUAUCUUGCCCUAUGUCCGGACCGACGAGAACAAACCGUUUAAACCUCCACGAAAGACAAAGAAAAAAAAUGGCGAUUUUGUCGACCUUGAAUCCCAGGUACGCCCUCCCAAGACCGUCCCCGAGGAAGAAGUCGGCAUGGGCGGUCCAGAGCGAAGAGUAUACUGGCCUCCUGGCAUGGAAGAAUGGCUCAGGCCAAAGAAAACUGUCAGGACCAAGACCCUGAAAGCUCUCAAAUCUCCGAAAAAGGCUCCUGCGCCACCGGAUGCAGAUGGUGCAGAUUAUGCCACUCCUACUACACCCACCACUCCAGCAACGAAGAAAAGAACUAGCAGAAAACGCAAAGCGUCUCCUGCCCCGUCGACGCCAUCGGCUUCUGAUAUCGAAGCACCUAAUGAUUCCGCUGCUGCUAAAAGCGAUAAAGUUCGUCGGAGCCGAAGAACUAAAACCGUGAACUAUGCAGAGAGCGAGUCGGCAUGA